AUGAAGAUGGAAGGCGUGAAGCUCGGGAUGUGUCGGCUGGUAGUAGCAGUAGCAGUAAUGAUGAUGAUGGUUCCAGCGUUGAUCAGGGCGCAGAUUAGCACGCCGUGCACGGCUUCGAUGGUGACCAGCUUCACGCCUUGCGUCAACUUCGUGACGGGGAGCAGCGGCAACGGAGUAUCGCCGACGGCCAGCUGCUGCGGGGCGCUCAAGGACGUGGUGGCGGCGAGCAUGGACUGCGCCUGCCUUUUGCUCACCGCCAACGUCCCCAUUCAGCUGCCCUUUGGCCGAACUCCCUCCGUCUCCCUCCCCAAGGCCUGCAAGAUGGGCGUCCCCCUGCGUUGCAAAGCUUCUGGAUCUCCUCUGCCAGCACCUGGGCCUGCCAUUUUGAACCCAUCCUCACCACCUGGGCCUUCAGCGGCGGCAUCAGGCGUAGCCGAUGCGCCAGCUCCAGAUUCCACGGUGACGCUGCCACUGUCACCCGCGUUCCCGCCGGAAGCAGACAACCCCACGGGCGGGGCUCGACCUGUUGUGAACGCGGCAUCGGCGUCUCUUCCAUCACACGAUGUGCUAUCGGCUGCUUCCCUGCUUAUAGCCAUGGCGAUCCUACUCGUGACUUAUUAUUGUUUCUGA